UAGUGCCCUGAGGAUUGCGCACAAGACAGUCAAUGAUCUGCUCACAGCCGUUUAAGACCGGAAGAGCAACUCAAUCUGGACAAUUUGGCUAGUUAUUUCGCUUAGAGAGGAGAUAUUGAGCCAAACGGACCAUUCUCCGUCACGCAGUCGCAGCUCAAGCCUCCCACAUCUUCCAAGUCUUCAGCAGAGACAUCUCCAGGAUCGUUACGCACGACUUUUACGCACAACCGGGGACCCGCCGAUGAACGCAUCUCGAUGCACCCACAGCACGGACUUCAAUACAAUUGUUGCUCUCACAGUUGCGAUAAUGUUCAUUGAGCAAACUGCAGGUGUGGAUGCAACCAGCAGCUCUAUGCUCUGCUGAAACGAGACCAAACCACCGAUUCAGGGAACUUGACUGGAACGAGGAGCCGCACAGGGUGCCAAAAUGAGCUUUAAUUAUCAGAGCAGGUGGAUUUUACAGAUCAUUUUUGCAACUAUUACAGCAGUUCUCACUCAAGAUUUGAGCAGCAAGGAGCUGACAGACAGUAAGAGCCCCGUGCCUUUCCCCGUCUUCUUACCGGUCAGCUACGAGGUGAGAGAUGCCGACUACUUCUUUCUGAAGGAGGCCGGGCAGGACUUCAUGAGGAACUCCAGCAUGCAGAGUCACACGCAACCCUUGGUUAUCUUGAGAGCCAGCCGGCAGCCGGCGGUCAGCGCCAGCUACGGCACCAUGUCCACAGAGACACUGGUGCCCGUGGAUCUGGUCCAGUCUGUCCAGCUUUUCAACGCUCCAAAGGUCUUUACCUUUAACUGGAAAAUCCAGGCCUUUGUGCUGACGCCUCGGGUUUUCUCGUCGAAGCCCAAAGUCCGGGUGCUCUUCUACGUUGCGGGGAGGGACUGGGGCAGGGGGGAAGGAACCCAGGAUGAGCUGCCGUGUGUGACAGUGUACGCUUUCUGGCAGACCCAGGAGGUGAGGGGGUCCUGCGCCAUGGGAGGCGACAGGGGAACCUGCAUGGCCGAGCUGGCUCCCGCACCUGGCUGGUUUUCCUCGGGGUCAGAGGGCACCAGCAGGGAGAGGCAGGACCCGACUACUGGGAACCCCGUGGAGCUGUACUACCAGGCGCGGCCCAAAGUCAGCGGGAAGUGCCAUUCCGUCGACGGCGGAAGCCGCUGGAGCGGCUCGCAGCAGCAGCAGCAGGAGGAGGAGGCGGAGUUUUCUCGUCCCGUGACGCCCAUGCAGAGGAUCGGCAGCGUGCGUCUCCUGCAGAUGCCCAAAGGAAUGGCGACCCUCUCUCGCCUGAAGCUCGGCAAUGCCAUCGUCAUACGGACAUCCUCCAAACCGCUGAAGAAGACUGACAUCGCCACCUUCUACAUACUCAUGGCCAGCUCCGCCCAGCUGACCAACUUCACUCUCAGAGCGGCAGUAAAGAAGGAAGUGACCUUUCGAACAGCAACACCCAGUAAUUCUUUACUGUGGGACAUCACUCUGGAUAUGGAAGCAGAUGGAGCCAUUGCUGUCAUUUGUCAGAGGAAAGCUCCCAUACCUGGGAAAAGGCUCGACAACAGUCUGCUGGAGGUGCUUCAGAUGGACUUUGGGGUGGAGGAGCUGAGCAGUCCUCUCGACAGUCAGGUGAUCAUAUGGAGGCUGGACCUACCAUCUGAUUCCAAAAAUGUAACCAAGACUGAAGGAGCCAUGACAAUCUAUACUACUCAGAGAGACUUUGUUGGCCUGGCCCCUCUUGUGAUGGACACAGAGAUCAUGAACACGGCCGUUUUGACUGGAAAGAAAGUGGUGAUGCCUGUGAGGACAGUGGCUGUAGAAGAGGACGGAGUGGUCACGGACGUUUCCGACUACAUGGACUGCAGCUCUGAUGACGAAGACGUACUCAAGGUGUCAGACAGGUGCAACUAUGUUUUCGUGAAUGGCAAAGAGACCAAAGGCAAGGUGAAGUUGGUGGUGAACUUUACCUACAGCUACCUGAGCGCUCAGCUCGAACUGAACGUAUGGAUGCCCCGACUGCCUCUCCAGAUUGAGGUGUCAGACACCGAACUCAGCCAGAUCAAAAGCUGGAGGGUACCCAUACUAACCUCCAAAAGACCUGGCUGGAACAGUGAAGAAGACAGGAAGGGAAAGGGCUGCAUGCUUCAGUUUCAGCACGCCCUGGUGCGGGUGCUAACUCACUUCGUGGCAGAGCAGGCGGACCCUCGGGAUCCUAAGGCUUAUUUCCUGGGCUCCGAUUGGCAGGUGGAUGUCACGAGGCUGGUCCGAUACUUCACGAAGGUGGAGGACCCUCGGGUGGCGAGGCUGCAGGCAGGAAGGGUGCUGUCAGGACGAGACCUGGGGACUACCAACAUCCAGGUGUUUUCUCCACUGUCUGACGCAAUCUUGGCUAAGACAACCAUCAAAGUCGUGGAUGAUAAAGUGACUAUCACAGGUCUGGGGGUCCAGCUGGUUACAGGCCUGUCCAUGACUUUACAACUCAGUACCGGAAGCAAUCGGGCCAUCCUGGCUACCACAAGCACUCAGGAGUUUUUACAGACCCCGAAACAGGAAGCUUUGGUCAGUGCGUGGGUUCAAUUCAGCGAUGGCAACCAGACUCCUCUUGACAUUUAUGACCCUGCUUUCUAUCGAGUGGCGGUGACAUCUCUGGAUCCGGGGGUGGUGUCAGUGCAGGGCCCCCCUCCCACCGUGGUUGCGGAGGGUGAGGGCGAGGGAGUCCUGGUCAGAGUGGAGAUGUCCAUCUGCGAGUCAUGCCAGAAGUCCAAACGCAAAAGCACGGUUGCCGUGGGCAACGGUAGCCUGAAGGUCAAGUUUCAAGUGAACAGUCGGCGCUCGAACGGCAAUUACAGCAGCACCGUUAGCCUCAAGGACAAGGGCAGUGACUAUGGAAACGGUGGAGACGAGUCGGGCAGCGAGAGGAGGCAGAGGGAGCCGCCCAACGAUCCUCCUCCGCGCAGCUCAACCUCCGACAGAGAGGAGAGCGCCAUGCAGAAGAUCACAACCACAAUCAAAUCAACGGAACGAACGUUCAUCAGCAGCGGCAGCCUCGGAGGAGUGGGCAAGACCAGCAAGUCCGAGAACCAGGGUAGUCCUACCAGCAUGAUGAACAGCCCAAGUGACAGCAGCAAGGCGUACGGCUCCGACAAUAUGAUAUUGGAGGAUAUGAGCAGUGUGAGCUUUACCGCGAAGGCCCCCGGGAACCUUGUGAACUAUAACUUCCCCAAUAAGGUGGCGGUACCUGGGCAGGAGGCAGAGGAGGUAGAAAGUGGCGGUGAAGAGAUGUUGGCCAACAGGCCGCUCACAGACUUGGAGAUCGGCAUGUACGCUCUGCUGGGCGUCUUCUGCCUGGCCAUCUUGGUUUUCCUGAUUAAUUGUAUCUCAUAUGUAGUCAAGUUCAGGCACAAGAAGCCUCCAUCUCAUGGCCAGGAGCCCACGGGGCACAGGCACGACUGGGUGUGGCUGGGCACGGACGCCGAGCUGGUGAUGAGCGUGCCAGGCAGUCCCGUCCAGCAAGACUCGCAGACCGCAACCACCGUCAUAGACAUUGGGACCGACAAAACGUCCUCGCUGCCCAGGAGGCCCAGUUGCCUGGCCUCCGUCACGGACUCGCCCCUCAGCUGCGUGGGCUCCCUGCGGAGCAAACCGAUGCCCACAGAGUCCCUUCACUCGCCCACCAGCAAAAGAAAGAGAGUCCAGUUCACCACCUUCUCCUCUCUGGAGCGCCAACAUUCGCAAUAUCUUCCACCCAGGGAGAACGGCUAUGGCAUCCACUGGGUGGGGAAGCAGGACAGUUGUGAGGAGGAACCCCAAGUGCCCGUGCCAGAGGUCGGGGGGGAGUCCUAAUGCGGAGCCUGAUCAGACCUCACGUGUACAGUAGAUGUGGCUUUGA